AUGUCGGUCCAGAUCAGAGGCGAUUGCCGAACGCAUAGUGCAAGUGAAAUUGGCAAUUUUACUACCAAUUGCUACAUUGCUACCGCUGCAAUCCUGCAUGCUUCGCGGCCCGGAGGGCAGACAUGGGGAAAUCAAACUGAAAGCCCGAAGCCAGGUUUACUGCAGCUUUCUGCAUAUCUCAUGGCCAAUUAUUCCAAGAGUGUUCGACCAGUCCGUGACUGGAGGAAAACAACAACAGUGGCCAUUGAUCUAAUGGUUUACGCUAUUCUGAAUGUGGAUGAGAAAAAUCAAGUUUUAACCACCUAUAUCUGGUACCGACAGUUUUGGACAGAUGAAUUCUUGAAGUGGAAUCCCCAGGACUUUGAUGACAUCAAACAAUUAUCCAUUCCCACUGCAAAUAUAUGGGUGCCAGACAUUUUAAUAAAUGAAUUUGUUGAUGUAGGUAAAUCGCCUGAUAUUCCAUACGUGUACGUUAACUAUGAAGGUCAAGUGAAGAAUUACAAGCCCAUCCAGGUGGUCACUGCCUGCAGCCUGGAUAUCUACAACUUCCCAUUUGAUGUCCAGAACUGCACGUUUACAUUUACAAGCUGGCUGCAUAACAUUCGGGACAUCAAUAUCUCACUGUGGCGCUCACCUGAGCUUGUAAAGUAUGACAGGAACGUUUUCAUGAACCAAGGAGAGUGGGAACUACUUUACGUCGAUACACAAUACAAUGAAUUCAACCUGGAAAGAGAGGUAUCAGAUGGCUAUGCAGAAAUGCACUUCUUUCUGGUCAUCAGAAGGCGCCCGUUGUUCUAUGCUGUUAGUUUGCUACUGCCCAGCAUCUUUCUGAUGGUCAUGGACAUCAUCGGAUUUUAUUUGCCACCAGACAGUGGGGAGAGAGUAUCAUUCAAAAUUACCCUUCUCCUUGGGUAUUCUGUUUUCCUGAUAAUCGUUUCUGAUACUCUUCCAGCCACUGCCAUUGGGACUCCACUGAUAGGUGUGUACUUUGUGGUGUGCAUGGCCUUGCUGGUGAUCAGCCUGACUGAGACCAUUCUCAUUGUGCGACUGGUGCACAAGCAAGACCUCCAACCCCACGUGCCUCAGUGGGUGAAGCAUCUGGUCCUGGAGAAAGCUACCGCCUUACUCUGCAUCCGCAACAAAAACCGGUUCAGUCCCAUGCACCAACACACCGGGGACAGGAAACUCAGCUCUGUGCAACUGAAUCACUUUACCUGUGAAAAUGGAGCACAAUACGACAAACCAGUGGAUGCUGAUCUAUCUCAAACCCCAGUGGACAGUAUCCUGCACGAGAUUUCAGCCAUCCGACAGUUCCUGGAGAAGCGGGAGGAGUACAGGGAUAUCGCGAAGGAAUGGCUCCAGGUGGGCUAUGUCUUGGAUGUGCUCCUCUUCCGCGUGUACCUGGUGGCUGUGCUGGCUUAUGGAAUCAGCCUGGGCACUUUGUGGUCUAUCUGGCAAUAUUCCUGA